AUGGACAAGUCUACCACACGAUCGCCAGCUCCUCACGAGGUGUUGGGCGUUGAGAGACAUGCAACUGCCAGACAGGUCAAGACAGCAUACAGGAAGCUCUCCCUGCAAUUUCACCCGGACAAGAACCCACACAGUCGUGGAUGGGCGACCGCCAAGUUCAAGGAGCUCAAUGAGGCCUACGAGACUAUGAAAACCAGCAACGUCGAUGAGAUUGAAGUGCGCCUCACUGAUCUCGAGAACAUGUUCGAACAGAUACACCAAAAACUCGGGGAAGCUAUCGCCCAGCUUGAGAAGAAUACGAAGAUGCUCGAGAACAUACUUGCCAACCUCGAAGAGCGGAAGGGCCGCCAGGGGUUAUGA